AAUUGGUACGACGUAGCCAUAACCAAAAAAUUCAUUUGUAUUGGUUUUGGUCGAGACAAGCGAUGACAAAGUUCAUAUUUUUGUGAAUCCAAAUGUAACAAGUUACACUUAGGACGCACGACAACAAAAAAGCGAGACAGAAUCGUCGUCGCUAACAAACAAAUUGGUGUGCUUUACAUGUGUAUGCUCUGUGUGUGGUUUUCUUCUUCUCUUUAUCCUAGUGCAGAAGUGAUUCCAUCCAAGUUUGUGUGGAAUCGAAGCAAAGUGGACGCAAGAGAAAUAAAGGAUUACUUGCUUUGCGAUUUGACAAGUAAAAAAAUUCAACGCGCAAAACACCAAAACACGUCUGCCCUUCGUUCAUUCAAUCCUAUUCGUUUUUUUUUAUUUUGCCGUGGGAGCUUGAUUUUUUACAUCGAGUUCCAAUUUUGGAAUGUGAAAAUACUUUGUGAUUCUGCAGACAUUUGUUUCGAGAUCGACAUUUGAAACUCGGAUUUUAAUCAAAUAAAUCAGUAAAACGGAAAAACAAAAUUGAUCGAUGUCACUAAUUUUAGAAAACAACAAAUCACAUCGAAAUUCUGGAAAUCUAGUGUGCUGAAUAUUUUUUACAUCGUCCAUCGAUUGAUCAAAGUUGAAGCCACAAUUCUCAACCGUGAGACGGAAGAAACAAUUCCGCAGAGAUUAAAUACAACAAUCAUAGGAUUCUUUGAGCAUGGUAGGCCGUUGUUCUCAUUGCUGUAACCUCAUGAGUAACCGAGUCGACAUAAGUGAUUUGGAAGUUGGAGCACGCAUCCGAUAUGGCGACAAUGACCUGGCCACCAUCAAAUACAUAGGAGAGGUCGACGGUCACACAGGCUUAUAUAUUGGUGUUGAAUGGGAUAAUCCGGAGCGUGGAAAGCAUAACGGGACUGUUGAUGGCGUUAAGUACUUCGAAACUAGUUAUCCAACAUCUGGGUCAAUGAUACGACCUGGAAAAAUUGCUGAAUUUGAAAAUAUGCGUACAGCUAUCGAAUGCCGAUAUAUGUUCGAUGCGAUUUUGGAUAACGAAUUGCUGAAAGCCACCCAACGACAAAUCAAAGCAUCUCUUUUCGAAUUUGUUAGCGACAAUCGAACACAAGACAAAGAAAGUCACCGCAAGGAAUUGACAACAGUUUCGCUUCCAAAUUCGAAUAUCAAUAGUGCAGGUGAUUUAUCAACAUUUGCUAAUUUGCUUGUACUCGAUUUGACUGCAUCUCUCAUACCAACAUGGAAUGUACUAGCUGAUAUUGUGAAGCAAUUGCCAAAACUAGAGCAUUUAGAUCUAACGCGAAAUCGUUUGCGGCUACCAACAGAGGAAGAAAUUUUUGAACUUGAAAAGUACUUUCGCCAUUUGAAGAAUAUAAAUUUGCGGCGGUGUAACUUGCGACAAUGGUCAAAUGUAAUGCAUAUCGCUCGAUUGUGGCCGGAUAUCGAACAAAUUUCAAUUGCAGAGAACUCAAUCAGUUUUUUGCAACCACCAGACACAACAAAAAUCUUUCGCAAUCUGAAAUUUCUCGAUAUAAAAGGAAAUCCGUUGAAUUAUUUCAGUGAAGUCCUUAAACUAGGCAACAUCAAAACACUGCAAACGCUUUAUUGCAUUGCUACGCAUAUUGAGACGAUCCAGCUACCAGAAUGUGAUUGGAAUGAAUAUUUGGACAUUUUCCCAAGCCUUGAAGAGUUGAACCUAAACGAUAACCACUUGAUCAAUCAAGCAAUGAUAUUUAACGAAUUAGAUAAACUCAAAGCUCUUUCGAAUCUAUCAAUUACCAUAAGCGAUAAUAUUGGUUAUGAGGAAACGUUCACCUGUGCAAUCGGUCACAUCGCCAAUCUCACGGUUUUGAAUAAGAAACAAAUAAAUGGAACGGAACGACGAGGCGCCGAAUAUGAUAUUUGGAAGCGAUACAGCGUCGAUUGGGUUAAGAGUAAGGAAAACAAUGAAUUACGCACGAACUUACUGAGACGAUGCCGAGUUUAUUCAAAACUAAUCGAAAAGUAUGGGCAACCAGACGAUAUCGUUUCCACCGUACCAAAAGUCUCUAAAUUUGUCACACUAAAAUUAAUUAAUGGCAAUACACACCAAGCAACAAUAAAACGAAUCUCACGAAAUAUAACUGUUUUGACGCUCCAACAGUUAGUUGCAAAAUUAUUGGGUGACCAAAAGUCCAAUCUUAAGGGAACCGCAGUUUUGAAAUACGUUGACAAUGAGAAUAAUAUUGUUGUCGAUAUGGAUAGUCUCAAUAAAACGCUCGAUUAUUAUUCGAUUCAGGACGGAAACAGUGUGAUUGCCGAAUGGAAAUAAAACAAACGAAACGCAACAAAUGGCUAUAUUCCGACACUUGUAUUUUUGUGAUGUAUUUAAAUUCUUCAAUAAAAUAUUCGAAACGUUCAGUUAAUUUAAAAUUGUUCAAAUCUA